CUGCUGCCCCUGCCUGCAGCCCGAACCUGGCAAAAUAUCACCCUUGGUAGAAUUCAGACUUUAUUUUUCAGGAAGAUUUGCUGGCAAACACCAGGUCAAGGAUGGAAUAGCAACGCUUGAGAUUCAGAAAUUCAGCAACCAAACUGCUGCAAACAGUAGCUGAGCAAUAUCAUCUUGCCCACUUUUAUUUUUAUUUUUUUUUUUUUUCAAAAUCGGGAAAAUCCUCCUGGUGAAGCCUUCAGGGGCAGGACUCUGGCAGGGAUGGCUCUGACUUCACCUGCUCCUGCAAAUGAGUCACGGAGUGUUAUAAAAAGCGAGGACCUGCCAAGUCUCAUUUCUUGGAACUGAGUGGAAAUUUCAGCAAGCAGCUGCUCCUUCGUUAGUUUAUCCUUUUCCUCUGCAGGUUUCUUGGAGGGGGCCUGGGAUCAUAGAAAGUUUGUAGCCCACAGGACCUGUUGCUCCGUGUGGAUAACUGCUCGGUGGAAAGAGCUGUUUGGUCCAGACAUGAUUCUGAUCUUCCGAAGGGAUCUCGGUGAAGCCUAGAAGGAGUCUCGGGAAGGUAAUUAAAGCAGGUGUGUAAAUCUUUCUGGAUUGGCAAUUGAAUCCUAUAAAAAAAUCAGGAACAGAACCUCAAAAAUCAGACUAGCUCUCCUAUACACCCCCCCCCUCCCGAAUCGAGGUUAUUUUCAUAUAACAAAAGAUUUAUGCUUUCUAGCUUUUCUCUGGAGUCACAUAAAGCAAAAACUUAUUUGAAAGAGAAAUCAGUGCAAACAGAUUCUGGUGGAACAGCCCUGUUUUAGGAGGGGAAUUUAGUGGCUCAUAAUAGCAAUCCCGGCAGGGCUAACAGUGCAGGUGAGGACUUUGGCUACCUGCAAUCGUGCCGACAGGGACAUUCCCCUGCCCGAGCCAAAGCCACGUGUGACAUGUCAGAGCGGGGAGGAACGCGCUGCCAGAUGGAAACAACAUAAACAGCUGGGAGAUCUCAUCCGCGAUUUCAGGCAAAGACGGGAGACUUUUGUUCUGCUAGAUCAGUCUUUCCAAAGUGAUUUGUCCUGUUGGGCAGCUGCCUUCUGAGUUCCUCUGGAGAGAUGCCAGCCAGCUGAACUGAGCAGGAGCAGGGACAGCAUCAACCCAGGCUGAAGGUUUUUAAGCCCAGCCCUGUGACAUUUGCACAAGUGAUCACUGGUGUUUUCUCGCAGUGAGAAUGAAUGGACACAUAUCAAACACCCCUCCUGCUGGAUAUGGAAGUUACUUCCCUCAAAUGAAUGGCUAUGGCUCCCCAACGUUUGCUCAGGCAGAGAGGGAGCAGAAUUCAAGAACAAGUGCAAAAGCUCUCUAUGAACAAAGGAAGAAUUAUGCACGAGACAGUGUCAGCAGCAUAUCUGAAACGUCACAGUACCAUGUGGAGCACUUGACCACCUUUGUUCUGGACCGAAAAGAGGCAAUGAUUACAGUGGAUGAUGGGAUAAGGAAGCUGAAAUUGUUGGAUGCCAAAGGCAAAGUGUGGACUCAAGACAUGAUUCUUCAAGUGGAUGACAAAGCUGUCAGUUUGGUGGACUUGGAAUCAAAGAAUGAACUGGAGAAUUUUCCUUUAAGCACAAUUCAGCAUUGCCAAGCUGUGAUGAAUGCAUGCAACUACAAUUCAAUUCUUGCAUUAAUAUGUAAAGAACCAACCCAAAACAAGCCUGAUUUGCAUCUUUUCCAGUGUGAUGAAAUUAAGGCUACCCUUAUUCAUGAAGAUAUUGAAAGUGCAAUCAGUGACAGUAAAAGUGGGAAACAAAAGAAGAGGCUUGAAACACUGAGGAUGAUUUCCAAAGCUGACAGUGCCAUCCCUCCACCCCCCCGGGCUCCUGCCCCGGUGCCCCCCGGGACCAUCACUCAGGUGGAUGUGCGGAGCCGAGUGGCAGCGUGGUCAGCCUGGGCAUCCGAGCAGGGCGACUAUGAAAAGCACAGACAAUACCAUGAGCAGGAAGAAACAGCAGAGAUGAUAGCAGCCAGGAUUGACAGAGAUGUUCAAAUUCUGAACCAUAUUUUGGAUGACAUCGAGUAUUUUGUCACCAAACUGCAAAAAGCUGCUGAAGCAUUUGCUGAACUUUCAAAGAGGAAGAAAACUAAAAAAAGUAAAAAGAAAGGACCUGGAGAGGGUGUCCUCACUCUCCGUGCAAAGCCACCACCCCCAGAUGAAUUUGUUGACUGCUUCCAAAAAUUCAAGCACGGCUUCAACCUUCUGGCCAAGUUGAAGUUCCAUAUCCAAAAUCCUAGUGCAGCUGAUCUGGUUCAUUUUCUCUUUACCCCACUACACAUGGUGGUACAGACAACAGGAGGCCCAGAGCUUGCUAGCACAGUGCUCAGCCCCCUGCUGACAAAGGACACCAUAGACUUCCUGAGGUACACUGUCACCAGCGAGGAGGGACAGCUCUGGAUGUCCCUGGGUGAUUCAUGGACCAAAGCCAGAGCUGAAUGGCCAAAAGACCAUUUCAUCCCCCCCUAUGUCCCCCGUUUCCGAAAUGGUUGGGAGCCCCCUCUGCUGAAUUUCAUGGGAGCUCCAAAGGAGCAGGAGCUCAACCAUUUGGCUGAGUCUGUGGCCAACGUGGCAGAGCAGCAGAGGAAGCAGGAGAUGAAGAGACUGUCCAGUGAGCCUCCCGGCGUUCCCGACUACCCCCCGGCGGAUGGGUAUGCAUUCAGUAACACCAUGUACAAGAGAGGGCCUCUGCUGGACCAGGGGGCAGCUGUGGCUGCCUUUAAGCAAACUGUUAGCCGACAUGUAGAUAGAAACUAUGAAGCACACAAUAAAACACAGGGCAAGAAAUAUGCCAAAUGCAAGUAUGAAUUCGUGGCAAGAAACAACAGUGAGCUUUCUGUCCUGAAAGAAGAGAUUGUGGAGAUUCUGGAUGACAGAAAGCAGUGGUGGAAGGUUCAGAACAAAAGUGGCAGCACAGGCUUUGUGCCAAACAACAUUUUGGACCCUCUGAGGAGCACAGAAGGAGGUCAGGGAUGGCCAGAGCCUGCCUACACCCGCACCAUCCAGAAACAAAGGACGGACUACGCGGCGAAACAGCCGGACGCGGUGCCCGCCACGCCGUCGCCGCCCCCCACGCCAGCCCCGGUGCCCGUGGCCGUGCCCCUGCCCCCCAGUGCCCCUGCUCCCAUCCCAGUGCCCGUGCCCAAGGCUCCGGCCACCGUCAGCCGCCAGAGCAGCACCUCCAGCGACAGCGGCAGCGGCGUGGCCCGAGACUCCCAGCGGCAGAAGCAGAUCCCUGUCGAUCGCAGGAAAUCCCAGAUGGAGGAGGUGCAGGAUGAGCUGGUUCACCGGCUCACCAUCGGCAGGAGCGCUGCCCAGAGGAAAUUCCACGUGCCCCGGCCAAACAUCCCCGUGGUGAACAUCACCUACGACUCCUCCCCCGAGGAUGUGAAAGCCUGGCUGCAGUCCAAGGGCUUCAACCCUGUGACUGUGAACAGCCUCGGGGUGCUGACAGGGGCUCAGCUUUUCUCCCUCAAUAAAGAGGAACUGAGGACUGUUUGCCCAGAAGGGUCAAGAGUCUACAUCCAAAUCACGGUACAGAAAUCUGCCUUGGAGGCUAGCAGUGGCAGUUCAGAACUGCAAGAAAUUAUGAGAAGACGGCAAGAAAAAAUCAGUGCAGCUGCCACAGAUUCAGGUGUGGAGUCCUUUGAUGAAGGAAGCAGCCACUAAAUGUGUUUCCUCUUUUCUUUAAUUCCAUUGCCCAUUAGCAUUAAACCAUCCAGCUUUGCUUUAGGAAGCAGUGAGGGGAAAUGUCUUAUUGUAUUGUAAACGUAACAACCUCAAGAAAAUUUACUGUAGUACCCACAGAAGCACCUGCUGCUGGCUCCUCAUCAGGAAAAAAAUGAACAGGUGAGAAAUGCAGAGGAGAUUCCUGGCAGGUGCAAAUAUUGGUACACCAUGCAUUUACACCCAGAGAUGAGUCUUGGCUUGAUGGAAUGAACGUGAUGGAGAAAUUGGAGCACAUCUUUGUUGGUGAUUCAUCUGAGGGAAGCUGAGCCAGCAAUAAAAAAAGCAUUUGAGCCCUUCAGUAAUAAUAAGAUUGUGAAUCCCAUCUCUUGCUGCACUGUGCAGUUCUGUCUCUUUUGGCUCAGUUUUUCUUGUCAGGCAUUUGGCUGCAGGAUGUUUACUUAAGUUGUCGACUGCAGCAAAUGUAGAGGAAAUGUUGAGGGAAUGAACAGCAGCCCAACAUAGACUGAACCUUUCCUGCAUCACUCCCAAGAUGUUUUAUUACUAAUGAUGCUGUUUAUAGCAAAAUAAUAUUCUGUACAUUGAUUUUAUCCAUAUUUCACCCACCAUGAACUAUAAUAUUGCACAAGAAGGAGUAACUAGAAAAUAGUAACACAACCCAGCUCAGAGAGGUGAUGAGAUUUGCUGUAGCCAUGCAACAACUCACAGUACUUUUUUUUUUUUUUUUUUAAUAUAAUUGCAUUUUUUUGUCUGUAACUUAACCCAUCAAAAAGAACAGUGUAUAAUCUCGAUUUCUCUGUGUGUUGGUCCCAGAUAUCAGUUUUUCCUCAUGCAAAAAGCCUUUGUAAUUUCCUUUAUAAAUGUAAUCUUUUGGAAAAAGUGGAUUCCUGAAGGCAAAACAGGGGAAAAAAGAAAAGAGAAACAUCCCUUCCAGAAAAUGUUAUUUUUGGAGAUGCAAUGAUUUUUGUCACAAAAUGUUCUGUUUCACAUGGUCAUGUGAUUUUAUAUAUAAUAUAUGUAUUAUAUAUAAUAUAUAAUAUCACUUAAUUUAGACAAAUUUAAUCAUCUAGUUUGAUUAAGUUUCAUAGUGCCUUUUUCACAUGAAUCAGCUUAAAGUCUGCAAUAAACAGUAUUUCUUGUCUGUUAAA